AUGGCUUUGGUAGCAAAUGGUGGAGAGAAUUUCUUAAAUAAUGCAAAGUUUCUGAAGUCAUCAGAUCGGCGAGUACAAGAUGUAAAAGUGGAGGAAAAUACAGAAUAUGAUAAGAAAAGCAACAACCGAGAAUUGAAAUGGGUUUUCCGGGAGUUUUGCAUGGUGUCCAAUUUUGUUAAGAAGAUAUUUUUUUUUAUAAUGUUCGUUGGGAUAUCCAUGGUACCGAUUAUUGGUCCAGCGAUUGUUAACCAAAUCAAUGCUCCUCGGAGGGGAUUCUCAUACAUGAAAAGGUUCUUUUAUUUAAGUGGAUUUGAUAAGGUACAGACAAGAGAUUUCCAAUAUGAACAUUUCGGGUUAUUUCUUUGCUUUGGAACGGCAGCAGGAAUAUUAGAAUUUCUGCCAUUUUCACCAAUAAUAACUAUGAUAAGUAAUACAGUAGGUGCUGCUAAGUGGAGUAUUUCGCUAUUGAAGGAGAAAGAAAGAAAAAAUCGGGAAAAUAAAGUAGAUUAA